AGAAGUUGCCCGUCGCUGGACUGUCGCGCAUGCGGGUUUCGUGUCAGCCCCGGUCGCUCCACCAUCUUUGUCGGCUACCCCAUUGUUCACGGUGGAGACAACAGCGGCGGUAAAUCAGUUCAUACUGCGCAAUAAAAUAACUCGACAGUGUCACAGGCAGCUGCCCGCGACAGUCGUGGAUUUGCUCUCAGGGUUGCGACUUGUUCUCGGCCAGCAAGUUAAACAGAAUGGACGAUGACCAGCCCAAAACCCUGUAUGUGGGGAAUCUGUCCCGGGAUGUGACAGAGGCCCUUAUCUUGGAGUUGUUUGGCCAGAUUGGACCCUGCAAGAGCUGUAAAAUGAUAGUAGAUACAGCAGGUCAUGAUCCGUACUGUUUUGUGGAGUUCUAUGAGCAUAGACAUGCCACUGCCACAAUCGCAGCCAUGAAUGGUCGGAAAAUACUGGGUAAGGAGGUCAAGGUCAACUGGGCCACAACGCCAACCAGCCAAAAGAAAGACACAAGCAGUCACUUCCAUGUCUUUGUUGGAGAUCUAAGUCCUGAAAUUACCACAGAUGACAUAAAAGCAGCUUUUGCUCCAUUUGGGAAAAUAUCGGACUGUCGAGUGGUGAAAGACAUGGCCACAGGUAAAUCUAAAGGCUAUGGCUUUGUCUCCUUCUUCAACAAAUGGGAUGCAGAGAAUGCCAUUCAGCAGAUGGGAGGACAGUGGUUGGGAGGCAGGCAGAUCAGGACCAACUGGGCCACAAGGAAGCCUGCUCCUAAAACUACGAAUGAAACAACCAAUACCAAGCAGCUGUCUUUUGAUGAGGUGGUGAACCAGUCCAGCCCCAGCAACUGCACCGUCUACUGUGGAGGAGUCACAACAGGUCUCACAGAGCAAAUUAUGAGACAGACCUUCUCACCUUUCGGACAAAUAAUGGAAAUCCGUGUUUUCCCAGACAAAGGCUACUCGUUUGUGAGGUUCAACUCCCACGAAGCAGCAGCUCAUGCCAUCGUUUCUGUCAAUGGCACAUCCAUAGAGGGCUAUGUUGUUAAGUGUUACUGGGGCAAAGAAACAACAGACAUGGUUAGCCCCAUUCAGCAGGUACAGAUGCCACAGCAGAACACGGUGAGCUUCGCAGCACAGCCCUACAGUCAGUGGGGUCAGUGGUACAGUAACACGCAGCAGAUUGGUCAGUAUGUGCCCAAUGGGUGGCAGGUGCCGAGCUAUGGAGUCUAUGGACAGACCUGGGAUCAGCAGGGCUACAAUCAUUUACAUGCCGGUGCCGGAUGGACAGGAGUGGGCGCCGUGAGCAACGGAGGCAUGGUAGAGCCCGGGCAGGGAGUCAACGGGACGAUGCUAACCAACCAGGCUGGCAUGAGCGCCACUGGCUACCACACCCACUGAUCACUGAUCACAGUAGCCCCCUCUCUAAGCCUCUGAGGUCACAAGGAUGAUACUCUGCUGGGGAAGGAGCGCAUUAGAUGUGCUCUUUCUGUCUGUUACCACACAAAAUUAUUCUUUGUUAGGCGGGCUGGGGUGCCAUUUUAUCAGCCUUACCAGCCCAUAACCUCACCCACUGCCCAAAUCUGCAACUGUUAACGAAAACUAUCCACUCCACAACACUUAAACACUGUUAAAACAGCUAUUGCUAAUGCACCGUGCAUUCCUGGGCCCAUUUUAUUAUCUCGUGUAUUUUUCCAAUGUCUGCAGAUAACUGGCCAAGUGUUAAUUAUACAACAUCGAGACAUUUUCUAGCGCAGCCACAGUUUAGUUCAAAAGGAAGAAACUAAUUAAAUCUAUAGUAGAACACCAGGUUUUGUUUGUUUGUCAGCCCCUCAGAGCCAAAGAGCAAGGGCAGAGUUUUAUACCAAUGUUAAACAAUCAUACAGGAAGGAGAGGCGAGCAACUUUGCCACCGAAAGUACUCAAAUAGUCCAUAGUAAUGCACGGCAGCCGCAAGACGUGUGUUGGGUAAGGGGCGUGGUUUUUUAAAAUCUUUUCUCAGUUGGUACAUCUCACUCUCACUGUUGGUUUGUCCACCUGUUACUAAAGUGAAACACAAGUCCGAGCAAGUUCUCAGGGUGUUGUAAAGUCAUUCUGUGAAAUGUAGGGAAUCACUGAGUAGAAAUAGGCCGGUUGAGGGAAAGCGGAUAUGCCACAAAGCAAGUAAAUUUUCAGCAUUCAUUCACUUCAUCUCCCUGAACGGACUGGACAGACUGAGAGGCCAGUCUGCGGAUAAGAAAUGUGUGUGUGCUUAUGUGUGUGUGCAUGAACUGAUGCUUUUACACACAAGACAAUGUCCAGUUCAUCUUCCCCUGAAACAGAAAGGACUACGCCACCCCCUUUUUUUUUUUUUUUUUUUUUCUUUCUUCUUUUUUGCUACCGAUAUAAUAGACAAAACGUUGUUUUCUUGCUUGCUUUUUUUUUUUUGUUUUUUUUCGAGCAACUUUAAAAUGAUGACAUUGUAUGAAGCGCUUUUGCCUUUUUGUGUUUCAUUUCGGGACUGUCUUACAAAGAAAUGUUGCAGUGACACCAUUGAAUCAUGUGACACGUGAAACCUUUUUAUGUUUGUUUAAAAAACAUUAAGUGGCUGUCAACUGUCAACUUUAUUUUUUAAAUUAGAUUUUCAAUAUCUCAAAUAAACCAAUUGCAGGGAUUACUGCCACUCUUAUCUUAUCUUAUAGGCAGACAAAUAUUGCACAAAUACUUAAGGUUAUCUUUUCACAAAAUUUGAAAUACUAGGGUUUUUUUUUUUUUUUUUUUUUUCAUGUUUUUGCAUUCCACCUUCUUUUGUAAUUUCAUUUGGAAGUCUGUUUUUAUGUAAAUAACCAAACAGUCUGUUCAAUUGUAAUGAAUCUGUAUAAAGACAACAUGUUAAUAAAGGAAGCGUGCUUGCUUCUGGUCGGAGAGAUGGAUUCCACAAACAACUGUUUUGACAGUAGCACCCCUGUCCAGUGCUGGUCUGUGUACAGUAGAGGCAGUGCAACAUUUGAUUCUUCCAGAGGCUUGGAGGACAAGCAGCAUUGCCAUGCAAUGCGAAAGCCUUUAGAUUGAGAAGUAAUACAUGAUUUAAGUUAUUCUGUUUUAAACCUAAAUAACGAUUGUUUUUGUAGAUUAAGAAACGACCUUGUAAGGAUCAGAUUUUUGCACUGUGGCCACCGUUAUUUUAAUAUAGUUGAAAAAUCCAUUGUGUUGCCUUAUUAUCAGUGAGUUACUUUUAAUUUAACCAAAAAUCAUCCAAGAGUAGGCAGUGCCUAAGAAUGUUUUCAACCUAUGUUUUGGCGAGGGAAGUUCUGUUGAUGCCUCAGUAAAAUGGUUUGUGUUUUUGCUUUGUCCCAUUAAA